AGAGUGGAGUUGAUACGGUGGCGUGUUGAUGGUGGAUAUUGAUAUCUGUGACUGUGCAGCUUUGUCUUGAGUCCUCUCGUAUUGAUACUUGCUCACGAAAGCGGAUUUAGCUGUCGAUAACGGAUAAGUUUUCUUGAGUAAAAUCCAGAGGGCCUUUCAUUGGUUCUUCUCAGUCUUAGAUUGAUCGUGACUGGUUGUUCUCUCUCUAUAAGGCGAUGGAAGCCAUGUGAUCACUGAGAAUUUACUUCAACCAUUAUCAUUCUGGUUGUACUUAUUCCAAACUUGUGGUCAUCAUCUGAUUCAGAGUUUCGUCUCCGAUCAAUGGAUCCAAUUCUCAGAACUCAAAUCAUCCAUUUCGUGUGUUUCAUCGCUGUUCUGUUGAUCCUUCCGACAUUAUCCGAGUCAAACCAGUUUUGUGAAGCUGGGAGUGGACGUGGUGAUUAUGAGUGUGGAGUUGCUUCAUCGUCUUUGCGGAAGAUUUUGAUAAAGGGUGGAACUGUUGUGAAUGCUCACCAUCAGGAGGUAGCUGAUGUGUAUGUAGAGGAUGGAAUCAUUGUUGCGGUUAAGCCUAACAUAAGGGUUGGGGAUGAUGAUGUUACGGUUAUUGAUGCCACUGGAAAGUUCGUCAUGCCAGGAGGAGUUGAUCCUCACACGCACUUGGCUAUGGACUUUAUGGGUACCCGGACCAUAGAUGACUUCUUCAGCGGUCAGGCUGCCGCAUUAGCAGGCGGAACAACAAUGCACAUUGAUUUUGUUAUUCCUGUAAACGGGAGUUUAUCUGCUGGUUAUGAAGCCUAUGUAGAAAAAGCAAAGUUGUCUUGCAUGGAUUAUGGUUUUCAUAUGGCAGUUACAAAAUGGGAUGAAAUUGUGGCAAGAGAGAUGGAAAUUAUGGUUAAGGAGAAAGGUAUCAACUCUUUUAAGUUCUUUCUAGCAUACAAAGGUGCUCUUAUGAUCAGCGAUGAGCUUCUGUUGGACGGAUUAAAAAAGUGCAAGUCGCUUGGUGCCUUAGCUAUGGUUCAUGCAGAAAAUGGAGAUGCUGUGUUUGAAGGGCAGAAAAGGAUGAUUGAACUUGGUAUUACUGGUCCAGAGGGACAUGCACUUUCAAGGCCCCCAUUGCUGGAAGGAGAGGGAACUGCUCGAGCUAUUCGUUUGGCUGGUUUUGUAAACACGCCUCUGUAUAUCGUUCAUGUAAUGAGCAUCGACGCAAUGGAAGAAAUAGCUAGAGCUCGAAAAGCAGGGCAGAGAGUUGUUGGGGAGCCAGUAGUCUCAGGUUUAGUCCUUGAUGAUUCUGGCCUAUGGGAUCCUGACUUUGUUACAGCUGCAAAGUUCGUGAUGAGUCCUCCUAUAAGGGCAUCAGGACAUGGAAAGGCUCUUCAAGCAGCCCUCUCAGCGGGAGUUCUUCAGCUUGUAGGAACUGAUCACUGUGUCUUCAAUUCGACACAGAAAGCUAUGGGAAUUGACGAUUUUCGGAAAAUACCGAAUGGUGUUAAUGGAAUUGAGGAGAGGAUGCAUCUGGUUUGGGAUACGCUGGUGGAAUCAGGCCAGAUAUCUGUCACGGACUAUGUUCGGUUAACAAGCACUGAAUGCGCUAGAAUCUUCAACAUGUAUCCGAGAAAAGGGGCAAUUCUUGUUGGAUCAGAUGCAGACAUAAUCAUACUCAACCCAAAUUCAAGCUUCGAAAUAAGUGCAAGUUCCCACCACUCCAGAUUAGACACAAACGUCUUUGAGGGAAGGAGAGGAAAGGGAAAGGUCGAAGUAACCAUUGCCGGAGGAAGGAUUGUGUGGGAAAAUGAUAAGCUGAAGGUUGUUCCUGGUUCUGGCAAAUAUAUUGAAAGGCCACCCUACAAUUAUCUCUUUGAUGGAAUUGACAAAGCAGAAGGGAAUUACCUCAAUUCCCUCCGAGCUCCAGUAAAACGAUACAAAGCCACAACUUGAAUUGUACAACUUAUUUUACUUGUUCCACAGACUGUUAGUGAAAAGGCAACAGUAAUUUGCUCUUUAAGCUUUAGAUGUGAAAUAAGUGAUAGGAAAUGGAGAUCACAGUGACCUCCAUCCCUCGUGGAAAAGGUAUUGUACUCAGAACACAAUGUCUGUAACAAGUUUCCAUAACUGCUUGUAUACAACAAAUAGUUUAGUUACUUAUUCAAUUUCUUUAGGGUUGCUAAUGUUCCCUGCUAUAGGGUGGUCGCGCCAUCCGCCUCCCCACAUUUUUUGUUGACGAAAUAGUC